AUGGCUGAUAAGACCGACUUCGAUUUUCGCCCGAACCAGAUCUCCAAAGAUUUGCAAGGAUCUGACAGUCCAAUUCCGCUUUCACCACAAUGGCUUCUGCCCAAGCCAGGGGAGACCAAGACUGGGAUGGAGAACCAUCUCAGUCCAUCAGCAGGUUAUGUCAAUUGUUCUGAUACCAUGAAAUCGCUGGGAACUGGUGAGGAGAUGUACGAUACCCAGAAGAAAAAGGAUGUCUUCAGGCCGUCCAUUCUCGAAAUGGGAUCUGGUCGCAGUGACCGCUGGCAUGAUGAAGAACGGGAUACCAAUUCAUCUGUCCGAAGGGGUCGUUGGAGGGAGGGAGAUAGAGAGCCUGGGGAGAACCGCAAGGUGGAUCGGUGGACAGACUCUUCUGGAAGACACUUGGGAGAGGUACGACGUGGUCCAACCGAGCGGUGGAUUGAUUCAAGUAACCGAGAAACCUCUAAUGACCAACGUCGGGAGAGCAAAUGGAACACACGUUGGGGGCCUGAUGAUAAGGAGACAGAUGGUUUGCGUGAGAAGUUGACAGACUCUAAUAAAGAUGCUGUCAUGCCACUUGAUAAAGGGAUGGCUCAUCUUAGUUAUCAUGGGAAGGAUGAGAUGGAAGGUGAUCAUGAUCGACCAUGGAGAUCCAACUCCUCUCACGGCCGAGGAAAGAUUGACCCUCCUCAUCGCCAAACUUUAACACCAAACAAACAGGUUCCUACGUUUGUCCAUGGUCGGGGGCGUGGGGAAAAUGCUCUUCCUACCUUUUCUUUUGGUCGGGGCAGGGCUAGUUUUGUAGGAAGCUCUAUAAACAGUAUUUCUACACACUUGCAGUCGUUGGGAUCUUUCUCCGAAAAGGGUGAAAGUGGUCAUGGAGGGCCUUCCCCUCUGAGAUACAACAGGACAAAAUUGCUCGAUGUGUACAGGAUAACUGACAUGAAAUCACGUGGGAAAGUAUUAGAUGGCAUUGUACAGAUUCCUUCUCUUACACAGGAAGAACCAUUAGAGCCGUUGGCAUUUUGUGCCCCUGCUCCUGAAGAAUUGGCUAUUUUGAAAGGAAUAGAUAAGGGCGAUAUUGUGAGUAGUGGUGCACCUCAGAUCACAAAAGAUGGAUCGGUUGGACGGAUUUCAACUGAUUUGGUGCAGUCGAGACAAAACAAACUUGACAGUAGAGAAGAUUUGCCGUUUGCUGGUGAGGAUUCAAAAGAUGAAGCCGUUGACGGUUCAAGACGUGGUUAUUUAAAUUAUUCUGAGGGCUUGUCAAUUGAUAAACGGAUGCAUUCGUAUGGGCCAAAUUCUAAAAUUGAAACUGUACAGGAUAAUCAGAAGUUUUCUGAUUUCAAACUAAAAGCUGAAGCUUCGACAGAAGAUGGUGCUUAUCAGAGGAAUGAUCCGGUGCCUAUCGAGAGGGAGGCAAGUAUGCUAAGAAAUUCCUCUUUUCAUGCUGGUGAUGCCUGGCAUUCCACACCAAUGGCAGAACAUGCCCCAUAUGAUUGGCGAGAUAUUCCUAAUGACGUCAGGUCAAGAACCUCGGACAUUAGCUGGUCACAGUCUCAGAAGGAUAUGAAUAAUGAGUGGGAAGGUAGUUUGUCAGAUCCAUCUUAUUCCAAAGAUGGACCUAAAGGGAAAAUAGGUAAUGAACGAAUUGUUAAAAGGCAACCAUCUGUAGUCCUGGAUAGGGAGCAAGAAACCAGGACACUUCCUCAACCUUCUCCAGAAGAUCUACUUCUUUAUUAUAGAGAUCCACAGGGUGAAGUUCAGGGGCCUUUUGCUGGAAUUGAUGUUAUUGGAUGGUUUGAAGCUGGAUACUUUGGCAUAGACUUGCAAGUACGUCUAGCAAACGCACCACAUGACUCACCAUUUUCAUUACUUGGUGAUGUUAUGCCCCACUUGCGCGCAAAAGCCCGACCACCACCUGGUUUUGGUGCGCCGAAACAGAAUGAAGUUACAGAUGCAUUAAGUCGGUUGAACCCCGGCAGCUUUGGUAAGCUUAACACUGGUUCAAGUGAGACUGAUAUGAUAAAGAAUGAACCAAGGUAUAAACAUAGCUCAACAAAGGAGGCCGAGAACAGGUUCUUGGAGUCUCUGAUGUCUGCUAAUAUGAGCAGUACACCUCUUGAGAAGUUUGCUCCAUCUGAAGGUGUGCAGGGAUAUUUUGGAAAUAACACUAGUGUUAGGCCUCCUUUGGGAGCCGAAAGUGGGGACAACCUACACCUUCUGGCCAAGAGGAUAACAUUUGAGAGGCAGAGUUCCUUCCCGAAUCCCUAUGCACAUUGGCCUGGAAGGGAUGCAACCUCUAUUGUUCCAAACUCAGAGAUUGUCCAUGACUCCCCAUUGCCACAUCCAAAAUUCUCCUUCUCAAUGUCAGACCAUCCUCUUCAGCAACCUCAUUCUCAGAACAUGGACUUGAUGUCAAUCGGUCCAGGCUUACCUGAGAGGCCUACUUCUGGUAUCAACAAUGGAGUUAGUGGUUGGUCAAAUUUCUCAGGCCAAGGUGGGCUGGACCCAAUUAAGGACAAGUUGGACACUCUUCAUGGCCAGAAUUUCCCUCCACAAGCUACAUAUGGGAUCCAACAACAGAGGCUGCAACCGCAGAAUCAACCCCCUUUAGCAAAUUUACUAGCUCAAGCUAUCGAUAAUUCUUCUAGCAUAUUAACCCCUGAAAAGCUACUUUCUUCUGGUCUUUCACAAGAUCCACAACUAUUAAGUUUGUUGCAACAGCAAUAUUCGCGGCAGUUACCUUCUCAGUCUCCAGUUCCAUCACAGCAGCUGUCAAUCUUGGAUAAGCUAUUGUUGCUUAAGCAACAGCAGAAACAGGAGGAGCAGCAGCAGUUAUUGCGGCAGCAGCAACAACUGCUUUCUCAGGUGCUGUCAGAGCAUCAAUCCCAGCAGCGCUUUAGUGAGGUAUCUUAUGGACAGUUACAACCUGCUGGUUUACCGACAGGAAAUGUAUCUCUUGACCAUCCUCGAUUUCAGCAGUCCCAUGAGUUGUUUCAGAUUGGUUCACAGAUGCAAGGUCCUAAUAUUCAGGAUGAAUAUGUUACAGUAAAAUUUCCACCAAGUGUUUCUGAGGAUGUUAGCCAUUGUGUUGGCUCUGAAACCCCUUCCAUACAUUUGCCUCAUCAAAUGUUUAGUAAUAAAAUCCGUCAAGAGGGUUGGGGUGACGCUCUGCUGGAGCAAAUUGAUGACACUAAGCAGAAGGGUUCACUGCUGGCAUCAGCUGCGAUGGACACCUCACCCCAGUCAAAAGUAGUGGACAAAUUGUCACAGGAGCAGACAUUACAGAAAAAUUUGACGACAAAUGAGCCUGUGAUGAUUACCAUCUCUGAAGCUUCUGUGCAAUUGUCGACUUCUGAUUACCUGCCAUAUGUGGGAACUGGUGAGAAUCAGGUUUUGAUGCCUGAACAGGUAAAUGAUUUUGUUGUCCCAUCAGCUGGAGCGGUGGACGAAUCCCUAGUUGAAAAAGAACAUUGCAUUGAUGAACCCUCGAUGGUCAAGGAAGUAAAAAAUGUUGAAUCGCGUGAGGUUAGAAAAGCUUCUGAAAAGAAGUCAAGAAAGCAGAAGGCUAAGGCACAAUCUGCUGAUCAGGCAAAGGAAGUAUCUAAAAUGAAACAGUCAAAGGAAUCUGCAACCGAAUGGACACAUCUUGUGGACAUAAAAUCGAAGGCACACAUGGUUCCAGGAGACAUACUGUAUGGAGCAGCUCAGCAAGAAACAAGAGAGCAAAAACAGGAUAUAGAUAGCUUUGAGAAUGUGGAUUCUCAAGAAGGGAAGGGCUCAUUGCCCGCUUACAUGCCUAGAGAUGAAGGUGAAAUUGUGGGGACUAAGGGUGAAUCAAAACAGGUUGGGUCUGUCUCACAGCUUAAUGUGCAACUGCAACGAGCUUGGAAGCCUGCUCCUGGUUUCAAGCCGAAGUCAUUGCUGGAAAUACAACAGGAAGAGCAGAGGAAGGCUGAGGCAGAAAUAACAGAUUCUGAGAUCUCCACAUCUCUUGGCCCCAUGGGGUUUUCUACUGCAUGGUCUGAUGUUGCUGCCAAUUCCAAUCAAAAAUCAUUUAGAGAAAUCCAGCAGGAUACUGGUACAAUCGAGUUAAACUUGGGUAAAUCUGAGAGUUCUCUGAAACAAAACGGCAAGAAGAGCCAAUUACAUGAUCUUUUGGCAGAAGAAGCUUUGGUGAAGUCUACUGAAAGAGAGGCAGAGAUUCCUGUGAGUGAUUCUACUUCACCUCACAUACCAGUUAUGAGCUCAGUGUCUGAUAGUGUUGAUGACGACUUUAUUGAGGCCAAAGAUACCAGAAAGAAUCGUAAAAAGUCUGCAAAAGCUAAGGUUGCGGGAUCUAAGGUCUCAGCGCCCAUAGCUUCAGCUGAUGUGUCGGUUGGAUCAAAUCCUAUUGAGAAAGUUAAAAGUUCACGGCAAAUACUGCAGGAGAAAGAAGUAUUGCCUGCAGUCCCCUCUGGUCCUUCUUUAGGAGAUUUUGUUGUUUGGAAGGGGGAGUCCUCAAACCUUUCCCCUGCUCCAGCGUGGUCUAAUGACUCUGGGAAGCUUCCGAAACCCACAUCGUUGCGAGACAUCUUAAAGGAACAGCAGAAAAGGGUUUCUCCAGGCCAGCAUCAAAUUCCAGUUCCAAGCCCUCAGAAAUCCCUGCCAACUCAGGCUUCCCGUGGAAGUGGUCCUUCGUGGUCUUUUUCUGGAUCAUCUCCGGCUAAGGCUGCAUCACCCAUCCAGAUUAAUUCCCAAGCUGCUUUUCAGUCAAAACAAAGAGUAGAUGACGAAUUAUUCUGGGGUCCAUUAGAUCAACCAAAGCAAGAGGCAAAACAGUAUGACCCUUCAUCUUUCUUAAAUUCUGUCUCUCUUGGUGUCUUGUUAUGCCUACUGCUUAUUGCUGUGAACUGCUACAAUCUUUUCUCUAUCGUUACUAGUGAUAAACCGUGCGAUGCACUGAACUUGUAUAAAAAAAGAGCUGGGGAAAAAAUUAAUUAGAUCACCUGUUUGUCAUCUAUCAUAAUUGACAGUACCUAAACAACAUAAUCACAUGAAAAUAUAUUAGAGGCCAAUGAAGUAUCAGACAUUACACUUAAAAUUUGUUUGCCACUGAAGUUUAGACCCCCAAAACAAAUAGCAGGAAUCCAGUAAAUUCUUCACCA